AUGAAUGCAACUGAUGAACACAAUGAGGAACCAACUGGAGAAAAGUUGGUGUGUCAGAUCAUGGCAGCAGAAGGAGUAAUUGGUGUCUUAGGGAACAUAUUAGUGUGCUACGUCAUCUUGCGUGUCAAAUUCUUACACAACAUAACGAACUACCUGCUGGUGAAUUUAGCUGUUGCUGAUAUGCUGCUGUGUUUUCAAGUAUUCCUAUAUUAUUCAAUAUCAGACUGUAAGCUUAUUGCUUUUGCUCCAGUAAGCAAAGGCGUGAGAGACUUGUUCUGCCGACUUCUAGCAUCAAAGUUCUUGGCGUUUGCAUUGACCUAUGCCUCUGCCUACAAUCUCUGUGUGGUUACAUUAGAGAGGUACAUUGCCAUAGUACACCCUCUACACUACGCGAGGAAACUCACAACAGCACGGAUGGUUACUUUAAUUAUUAUGGUUUGGGUGACAUCAUUUGUUGUGCAUAUAACUUUGCUUUUUACAGUCGAGCCCAUCGAUGCUCCCAACAAGAUUUGCUCAUUCAAAUAUCCUCACCAGGUAUUUCCAAUUCUAGUCAGCAUAUAUUCAUUUUUCUUGGGAUAUUUGCUGCCCCUAUCAUUUAUGAGUUUGGCUUACUAUAAGAUGCAGGUCACUCUCAAAAGACAAGCAAAAGCCCUGAACCUGCAACAUGCAAGGGCAGCAGCCUAUGAUCUUGUGAUUGCUAGACAGAACCUGAUCAGCAUGCUUAAAACUGUCUUGGGAGCUCUCAUUGUUUUAUGGACACUGGAUUAUGUAGUUACCCUUCCCUGCUUACAUCGAACAGACGAGGCUCAGUUCUCGUUCUGUGGAUCCAAGCCUUACCACUAUGCCAGAGUUUUUGCUAAUUUACUAUUUAAUUUCAAUUCAGUCAUUAAUCCUAUCAUCUAUGAGUUUAAAUACAAGAAGUUCAAGCAAGGUUUUAAGCUAGCAUUUUGCAGAUGCUUUAAAAGGCAUAACGGUAACAGAGUCGGCGUUGACAUAGCACCAUUAUGA